UCAUUCUACGUUGUAGAAGGAUACAAACCAUAAUUUUUUAUGUUCUGUCUAUAGCUGUAUAUAUUAGAAAUCAUGUUUAAACUAACUGCCUUAUUGGUAGGCAUGGCUUCGGUUUUACAUAGAACAACAGGAAUGGAAUGCGUUCGUUGUGUAGAUGUCAAAACUGAUAUCAGUAAAGCUCAUAACUUAGAGAAAAUCAAAAACAAUAUUGCCGAUUUUUCAAAUCUUAGGAGGUCAGAAUGUGUAAAGACAAUAUCAAAUGCAGCAAACACAAACCUCCUCUCAUGUAAACCAUCUUCAGCUCUACAAAGAGAACACAAAUGUGGGACCAUCAUCGGUGAUGUUGUCCUGCAUCAAGCAUACUUGCAAGUAGAAAUACCUACGACUGUUUCAAUCAGUGGAUGCUUAGAUGUUGAAAACGGAACAGAGGCUGGUUGUUACGAAGACCUGACUAUGCUAAAUGAAAAUAAAGAGUUCAUAAAAAAUUUCCUAAACCAGACAAUAAGACAUCUGAAUAUGCAAUCAGGCGAUUUUACUACAGGACAGAUUUGUAUUACAAGGACGCCUUUUGAGACCGGUGGUAAUGAAGAAGCACAGAACAAAUCCGCACCAAUAUCUACUGGGUACGGCAAGAAUACGUCCGUGAUAUCUAGGUUCAAAUUAGUUUUGACAUUGUCAUCCCUGUUUGUCUACUUUGCUGUGUUAUAGAAUUACAAGUUUCAAAAACCGUUGAAUUUGAAACUGACAAUAUUCAGAUUUUAUAAAAUUGCAUAUUUUUGUAUGUAUGAUAGCUUUUAACAUACAUCUACAUGUAGGUGAAUCAGUUUGU